AUGUUCCAUCACCGUCCUCUGUCCGAGGCUCGACGUGAAAUCAGACUCCUCCGCUUCGUGGCGGCUCCGUCUUCGGGAUCCUUCCCUGAUGAAGCCCCCAUCGCCCUUGAGCUCUGCCAUGUUUCCCUCGACGAGAGUCCCGACUACGGAGCCCUCUCCUACGUCUGGGGUGACAUGCGCGAGACGCUCGAGGCCACCGUCGACGGCAGACCAUACGCCAUCGGUCGUAAUCUGCACGGGCUCUUCCUCCAGCUGCGUCGCCAGAACGUCACCUCGUGGCUCUGGACAGACGCCAUCUGCAUCAACCAGACCGACGCCAACGAGAAACGGUGGCAGAUCGGCCUCAUGCGUACCGUCUAUGUCCAAGCUGCCGUCGUUCACCUCUGGCUGGGGCCAGGCAACGCCAACACGGAUGCGGCCCUCGACGCCCUCGCGCACCUCGGUCAGGCAGCCGAGGCAUGUGGUGCACCAGCAUUGUUGCUCCAAGUCGGCAGGGCAGGUGAAGUGGCAGAUAUCAUCAAGAAUCGCCUCGAAAUCCCCGACUCCCCAAGCAACCUCGGCAGUACCAACGAGGAGCAUGCCGUGGCAUCCUUCUACCAGACGCUCCUUGCAGACCCCGACAUGUACGCAGACGAAGCAACAGGCGAGCCCACGCCCACGCAACGCGGCAUCCAGGACAUGCUCGAGCGAGACUACUGGACGCGCAUGUGGAUCAUCCAAGAAGUCACGGUACCCCGUCACGCCGUCAUCGCCUGCGGCAACGCCACGCUGUCUCUGCCUCUAUUCAACGCCGCCCUCGGCGUCAUCUGGGCCUGCAAACGCACCUUUCGUCCCGCCCUGCCGCGCUACCGAGCCUUUGCCGCCGCCAUCGACGAGCAGAUGCUCGACGUCCGCGCCCUCAACACCCGCUCCGACUAUCACGCAGGCGUGUCCCUGAUGCUGCUCGACAUUCUGUACAUUCGCGACCCGGCGCCGGGGAGGCCCUACUACGCCGUGACGGACCCGCGAGAUGUCGUCUUCGCCAUUCUCGGCAUCGUCUCGGAUGGAGAGGCCCUCGGCCUACAGGUCGACUACACAAAGACGCGUGCCCAAGUCUUCGCCAUGCUGACGAGGGCCCUCAUCAUGCACGGCGACUCGGCGUACGGCAGCUUCGGCCUCGACUCUGUGGUGCCGAGGGCGGCAGCAUCUGAUGAUUUGCCGUCUUGGGUCGUUGACUGGCAGGCCAUGGGCAUGCGUGGAACCCCUCAAAAGGCCGUCCGACACCAGGGGCUGUUCGGUGGGUGGUGCGACGCCACACGAGGCGGGCCAGGUCAGGAGGGAACAGAGCAACCAGGAGACGCCGACAGCGGGCUAUUGCGCCAGGGCGGAUGCCGCGUCGACGUCGUUGCCGAGGUGCUGAGCCCCCCGGCGGGCAGGCCCUGCAACAAGUGCACGCCGCCUGAGCUCUGCGAACUGUGUCACCCCGAUCUCGACUGGUCCGCCGUCGAGGCGUUCGCCCGCCUCGACGAGGCGUCGAAACCGAAUCCCGACUGGGGCGCCACCGUGUCGGCCCUCGCUACAGCCGUCACGGCCAUGGACCCCGUGUCGGUGGAGCACAUGGCCCGCAUAGAGGAGCCCAAGGUGUUCCGGCUCGUCAGCAGGAUGCUGCUCGCCCAUCCGAUCGCUGCCGAUGCCCUCGACGACACAGAGGCCGCCCUGUUCCGGGACGACAUUUACGGCUACUGGCGCUCGGCGCCCGCGGAGGCGGCCCUGACGGACGAGAACAUUGCCGAGUUUGCAGAUGCGUUGCGGCGGCAUUGGGCGGCGUGUCUGCGCGGGCGGACCUUUUUCUGGACAGAAGGCGGCCGCCUCGGCAUCUGCUGGGCCGGCGUGCAAGCCGGCGACGUCUUGUCGCUUGUUUGGAAUGCGCCGGCGCCGGUCGUGCUGGGGCAGAGGCAUGGUGGUGGUUUUGUGUUCAAGGGGGAUUCGUACGUGGCUGGGAUUAUGGAGGGGGAGUUUCUAGAGGAGGAACCUCCGCAUGAGGUGUUUGAUAUCUACUGA